AUACUGUAAUAAUGGCCGGCGGCAGUGUUUGUUGUUUUUCGUCUACAAGUUUUUAAUAUAUUUGUGAAUAAUUAAGCUGUGUUAACUGUAUAUUUGUGUUCUCUGAAACGUGUGCAGCUAUGGCUAAAGUGGAGCAGCCAAUCUUCAUUCUGCCGAAGAAACGAAAUGGCAAGAAACAGAAUACAAUAGCCAGCCAUGUAGACCACAUCAUUACCGUGCAGGGAGUUGCAGAUGAAGCUCAAACAAAAUACAAGAAUGGACUCUCUCCUGUUUCUGAACAUGUUGUCAAUGGCAUAAUCCACUCUACUAUGGAAGGCCUCAAAUCCAACAUGAAAAUAAAUCUGCCAAUAAUAAAUGACGUCAAUGAUGAAGAAUAUAAUGAUUUCAAUGGAGAAGAAUCUCAGAAGAAUGUCCAAAAGAAUGGCUAUCAAGCUCUGUCUACUCUCAAUAGCAGCCGGGAAAUCAUAGACUUGUCACCAAUAUAUGAAAACUCCUCAGACGCUUGUUCCAGUCAUGGUGAUCUCAGAGAUGCUAAUGACAGUGACAUACAGAAAAGCUGCAAGGUUCUCAACUCUGAUCAAAACGAGAGCUCAUCCGCUACCCCUAACAGCAUGUCCCAAACACAGUCUGAAAACAGUUUUGAAAUGGGCAAUCUCACUGAUAGCCUUAAGAAUAGUGCCAAGAGGAAAAAACGAGUGAACAUUGUCCCUGGAAUAAUGGAGGCAGAUAACACUGAUACUGAAAUAACAGCCCUACGAGUUGAGUCUGAAGGUUCAAUGUCCCCUGACUGUUCGCUGACAGACAAUUCCAAGGAUGGGUAUUUGACUAUGACAGGCACUAUUAAGAGAGGCAAGAAAAAGGGUCAGAAUGUUGAUGUCAAACUCAAUAUUUCUAGGGAAGAGCUUGAGAUUAUUGAAGCUGCAAUUGUAGCUGAGGAGUACAACAAGAUGGAUAUCUCCAAAUGCUCUCUAUACAAUGGCCCACACAUAUUUCUCUUCAGUCUCAUUUGCAUUCCCAUUGUGGCUUGCAUUUCAGCCUUGUACUCAUUCUACAUGGGUACAAUGGCCUGGUACAAUGUAUUUUCUCAUGUCACUGAGAAUUUCAGCUGCAUCAAAAAGGUUUUGCUCGCUCCCAUAGUGAUUUUGUCUUAUCCAUUUUUGAUAGUCAUAUUCACUAUUGGACUGGGCCUGUAUGCAGGUAUAGUGCAGCUUACGUUCAGUGCUGCUAAUUGGUGGAAAGAUGUCUGCGAUUUUGAGAAAGGCUUUUACGGCUGGCUCUGUAAUACUCUAGGUAUGUCAGAGUGUAGUCCGUAUGAAGUUGUAGUUCUGAUGGAUGUAAAACCUUAAAGAGGAAAUAAUAAUUAAUGUUGUCUAUGACACUGCCAUUUAUAGAUGUCCAUUAUAUCUCAAAUAUUAUUAUUUAAUGAGACAAUUAACAGUAAAUAAUGUGAAGGAGUAAUCUCUUUAUAAUAAUCCUUUUUAAUAAGGUCUUGUCUUUGUAGGAAUGUUUUAAUGUGUUAAAUGAAACCCCUUCUGGUAGAUUGUAAGUUUAAAUGUAAUGUUUCAAAAUCCAUAUUUGGAAAAGGGGUAUUAGGUAAAGAUUGCAUUUUGGAAAAGUGAUAUUUAUACAUGGAGUGGGAUCAAGUAUUGAUGGUAUACCUUUUAGAUCUCUUUUUAAAAUACUGAUGUGUAUCCAGAUAGUAUCAUUUUGCUCAAUUUCUUCCAUUGUGUCAUUCCAUACUAUGCAAUUAUUUCUAGUCAUUUUUUAACCUUUUUGGUUGCAUACUUGUUAUUUAUAAGGAAUUGUAAUCAUAGAUGUAUUUAGGAUAAUGUUUUUUACAUAUCUGCUAAGAGUUGAAGUAGUUGCAGAAGGUCUUAGAAACCAAAGAUUUUAUGAUGCAAUACCAUGCAAGUGGUCUGAAAUCAAGAUUACAGUUGGUCUUCUUACUUCAUAACUUAAUUAUAAGUUGAAUAUUUAUGACUGAAUUAGUGUUACAUGUUGCCAAGCACAAAUUCAAUAUUUUAAGCUUUCAAGCACAAUAGAUACUUAUGUAGAAAAUAUAGCCAAGUUUUUAACAAUGUAUGUACUUAUUGCUGUAUUGGGAUUAGCAGUAAAAGUCAGUGUAAUGCAUAACAAAUAUUUAUUGAUUUCUAAUUAUUUUAGGACAUUAUGCUUCAGCAUUAAUGGGUUUAUGAAUUGUGACUUUGUUUUUAGGAAUUAUUUUUACAUCUUUUGUAAUUUUGUAAUGCGUAAUCAACAAUGUAUGUUAUGAAGACUGAUGUAUUCUAGUCACUAUUGUGGUAUCCAUUUUCUACGCAAUAAAUAUUUUACAAAACUGAA